AUGUCCUUUUACGUGUCAUCAAACCAGAUGAUAGAAUAUAGCAAGCCCUUUAGCCAACAUCACCGUGCCACAGUUUUCAAUGGAAAACCUCAAUAUAAUGAGAUAAUUUCAGAAGAGGCUUCCGGGCGUAACAUCAAACGACUAGCAAACACGCAUGAAGCCCGCGGUGAGGUUUUAGUGAUGGUGUCCGCAUCUCAUAAGGUACGGGAUCUCUCGAGGAAAAUAGUUUGUAAACACCUCGAGCAGAGAGUAAGAUUGUAUGAGACGGAAUUUCAACCUUCGUAA